UGAUUACUUGCCGGUGCCCGGUGAUUGCUGAGCAUCUCUGAUGUGGAGGAGAACUGUUUGUAAACAAAACAGUUCUUCUCCCUGUCAGCUCAUACGCACUGCUUUGGAUGGCUGUGCACGGCACAGCCAUCCAAAACAGUCAGCCAUCCAAAGUAGUACACAGGUUAUAGUAAAACAGCACACAGUUAACCCUUUGAUCACCUCAGACGUUAACCCCUUCCUGCCCAGAGUCAUUAGUAAAGUGUCAGUGCUUUUUUAUUUGCAAUGAUCACUGUAUUAGUGUCACUGGGGAUGUCAGUGACACCAAGUCAGUUUCCCCCCAUGUCAGAAUGGCAGACGCAGUCCCGCUAUAAGUCGCUGA